GGGGAGGCCCCACACUGCGUGGGCCCCUCACUGCUCCGUUUAGCUCGGCGACUGAGUGAGUCUGUGCGUGGGUGGGUGGGUGUGACCUCGCUCUCUGUAGAGUCAGGAGAUGCAGAACCAAGUGGAGGCCCUCAGUCUGGACGCGGCUGCACACGAGCAGAGCGGCAGCUGCAGUGGAAGUGGCAGUGGAGGCUCUUCCGCUUCGUCGUCGUCGUCGUCGUCUGGUAGCGAGCGCGACGCGGACAACCAGGAGCUCACGAGGGGUGUCACGGCGGACGGCGUGGGCUUCUACACGAGCGACAAGUGGGCCAGAUUCUACCCGAACCAGGAGGUGGUGGUCGUUACGAGCAUCGGGCAGCCGCCGAUCCCUCCGGAAGGGUAUGUCCCGCUGCGUCAUGGACACCGGCGUGAACAGCAGAGCCUGGAAGCGUCUCCAGCCAUUGAGGAAGGUGUCCCGAGCGGAUUCUCGGUGGACACGCUGCUGUGGGACGAGAAGCUGCUGGAGCAGCGCAUCAUGCAGUUGACGGCGUGGACUCGCCGCUCGCCCAUGCCGCGACGUCAGAAGCUGGACCGCAUCAACCGCAUGGUCAACCAAUGUAACUCUACUAAUACCAAUACGUGCUGACCAUGCAAACGUUGAUGCAUGGUU